GAAAAGUCACGACGCACCGCCGAUCGUGGCAGGCCGCGUUGUGUUGGUGCCGUCCGAACGCGCGUUUUAGGGUCAAUCGGACGUUUUAACGUAUUGCACUACUCAGUGCUAUCGUGUUUUUAGUCUUGCGAGGAUUUGAGUGAAAGCGCUCAGCUGUUUGAAUUUUUCGUGGACAGGCCGGGGUAAGCAGAAAAUCCAUCCACCAUGGACGCGAUUAAGAAGAAGAUGCAGGCGAUGAAGCUGGAGAAGGACAAUGCCGCCGACAAAGCCGAUACCUGCGAGAACCAGGCCAAGGAGGCCAACAUGCGCGCCGACAAGAUCAUGGAGGAGGUCGCCGACCUGACCAAGCGUCUGGCCCAGGUCACCGAGGACCACGAGAAGUUCAAGAACUCGCUCGAGCAGGCCAACAAGGACCUCGAGGAGAAGGAGAAGAACCUGACCCAGACGGAGGCCAACGUUGCCUCGCUGACCCGCAAGGUCCAGCAGGUUGAGGAGGAUCUGGAGAAGUCGGAGGAGCGCUCGGGCGCCGCCCUGUCCAAGCUGCUGGAGGCCACCCAGUCCGCUGAUGAGAACAACCGUAUGUGCAAGGUGUUGGAGAACCGUUCCCAGCAGGAUGAGGAGCGCAUGGACCAGCUGAGCAACCAGCUCAAGGAAGCCCGUAUGCUCGCUGAGGACGCCGAUACCAAGUCUGAUGAAGUGUCCCGCAAGCUGGCCUUCGUUGAAGACGAGCUGGAAGCCGCUGAGGACCGUGUCAAGUCCGGUGAGGCCAAGAUCAUGGAGCUGGAGGAGGAGUUGAAGGUCGUCGGUAACUCGCUCAAGUCCCUGGAGGUCUCGGAGGAUAAGGCUAACCAGAGAGUGGAGGAAUUCAAGCGCCAGCUCAAGUCCCUCACCAUCAAGCUGAAGGAGGCCGAGACCCGCGCCGAGAACGCCGAGAAGAACGUCAAGAAGCUCCAGAAGGAAGUCGACAGACUAGAAGACAAACUGAUGAGCGAGAAGGACAAGUACAAAGCCAUCUGCGACGACCUGGAUUCCACCUUCGCCGAACUUACCGGAUACUAAUCGCUCAAGACGGCUACUACCGCUAUCAUUACUAUUGUUGCUACUACUUCUACUACUACUACUACUGCUACCAACCACCACCACCACAACCGCCACCAAUACCAGCUUGCCUUAGACCAAAGAUCUGCUCAAAAACAAAAGGAAGAAGAAGAAGACCCGCGCCGGAGUUCCGGUUCGUUUGCAAGUUCCAAUCUCACUUUCUCAUUCUCUCGAUCUCAAUCCGUUCGUGUUUUUCCCGUUUUGCUCCGCGGGUCCGCUCUCCACCCUGUGUGGGACCGAGAGCACGCACGCAUCACCCUGUAUCUGCUCCCAUUUUGAACGUUUUUUGUUUUUAAAAAUGUGAUCUUUAAUUGAGAUUUGAGAAUCAGAUGUUGUAAACUCUAGCAGAUGAAGACGACGAAGAAAUUGUUGUUUUAGACGAAUUGGGCGUCAACAAGGACAGAUACAAGUCCCUGGCCGACGAGAUGGACUCCACCUUUGCCGAGUUGGCCGGAUACUAAGCAUCGACCUAUUUAUAUACGUACAUAUGUAUUGAUUUAGAACUUUUCCUCAACGAGUCCCGCACGCGCCCCCUCGAGAAAAGAAAAACAGGAAACGCACCACAACCAGCUCGAUGCGAACGAAAGAGAAAGAGAGAGAGCAGAAGAAGAAGAAGAAUUAAACGUCACGAACUCCAAAGAUUCGAUUGUUUGAAGAAGAAGAAGAAGAAGUGGUAGAAGAAGAA